AAAACCGAAAACAGAGACAAGAAAGAGGGGAGAAACAAUAGAAAUCACUGUUGUUCAGACAAAGACUCACCAAGGAAACACACUAGAAAGUAGAAAGCAAAAGGAAAACCGAAAACAAAGAACAAUUCUUUCUACUAUUAAAUAAUCUUUCUCUCUUUCUCUCAAUAACCAGUAACCACUUCCCAUCCACCAUUUCACUAUCCACUCUCUUCCCAAUCCUCCCAUUAAUUCUUCCUUUCCUUUCCUUCCCCCCUUUAUAUAAUUCAACCCUUUCUUUUCUUUGCUACUCAGCUCACUUUCCCAUAAAAAAACUUAUCUUUUGUUGUUGUUGUUGUUGUUGUUGUUGUUGUGUCAGUGCUUGCUUCUUUGCUGAAGGGAAAGGGUCUUUUCUAUUUAUUUGUUAUCUCUCUGUCUAAAGUUUUUAUUUUUAUUAAAAUUUUCUUGGUGGGGGGGGUGUCUGCAAAAAACAUGUGGGGCUUUAUUCUUUGCCUCCCAUUAAAGGGCAGUUCUUGACGGUUUUUUGGAUCUGCAAUCCGUGAUUUUUGGGAUGGGUUUUAUUGUUUUGAAACUCUAAAAAAAAAAAAAGAUACAAAUCCAGACUUUGGGUACUUUAAUGUAGGCAAAGGCAUGUCCUUGUUUAAACUCUUUUUUUUUUUUGUCAGCUACAAAAAGUUUGGUUUUUUACGUUUUUCCUGUUUACUUAAAAUGUGGGAUUUUCAAAAGGGUUUGUUUUUGUUUGGUCAAUAGAUGGUAGUUGGACAAUUCUUGUUCUGAAAAGAGGUGGUGUUCAAAAGAUGGGAUCUGGAAAUGGAUUUUUUUCAACUCAAGAGUUCAAUUUAGAUGCUAAGUGGUUGAUUGACCCUCAGCAGCUUUUUGUUGGUCCUAAGAUUGGAGAAGGUGCUCAUGCUAAAGUGUAUGAGGGAAAAUACAAGAAUCAGACUGUUGCUGUUAAAGUUGUUCGAAGAGGGGAAACCCCUGAAGAGAUUGCAAGGCGAGAAGGAAGGUUUGCGAGGGAAGUUGCUAUGUUAUCCAGAGUUCAACACAAAAAUCUAGUGAAGUUUAUUGGAGCUUGCAAGGAGCCUAUCAUGGUGAUAGUAACUGAGCUCCUACUAGGUGGGACAUUGCGUAAGUACCUUCUGAGCAUGCGCCCAAAGUGCUUGGACAUGCGCGUAGCAGUUGGGUUUGCACUUGAUAUUGCUCGUGCAAUGGAAUGCUUACACUCCCAUGGAAUCAUUCAUCGGGACCUGAAACCUGAGAACUUGAUCUUGAGUGAAGACCACAAAACAGUUAAACUAGCAGAUUUUGGUUUAGCCAGGGAAGAGUCAUUAACAGAAAUGAUGACUGCUGAAACAGGGACAUACCGUUGGAUGGCUCCAGAGCUUUAUAGCACAGUCACAUUAAGGCAUGGAGAGAAAAAACAUUACAAUCAUAAGGUAGAUGCCUACAGCUUUGCUAUUGUGUUGUGGGAACUCAUCCAUAACAAGUUGCCUUUUGAAGGCAUGUCAAAUUUACAAGCAGCGUAUGCAGCUGCAUUUAAGAAUGUUAGGCCUAGUGCUGAAGACCUUCCAGAAGAUUUGGCAUCAAUUGUGACUUCAUGUUGGCAAGAGGAUCCAAAUGCACGGCCCAAUUUCAGCAAAAUCAUACAGAUGCUAUUACGCUAUCUAUCAACCAUUUCACCACCAGAGCCUGUGAUGCCUCCUAAGAGAACAAAUUCUGAGAAUGCUGUAUUGCCACCAGAGUCACCCGGUACAAGUUCAUUGAUGGCUGCAAGAGAUGACGUAGGGGAAACCCCGAAAGCCACCGCGGAAGACAGGCCAAGAAGUUUCUUCUUCUGCUUUAACCAGUGUUACUGAUCCCCUCCAAGGCACAAUUCCGUUUUUGAGGGUUUCACAAAUUAUUUUUAGGGGAGUUCAAUAAGCCAUUAGUCUCAGAUAUUAGAAACAAAUACAAUCUUGGUAAGAACAAGAAAAAAAAAAGAAUGUCAAAUCUAAUCAGAUUAGUUCAGUUCAGUUAUGACAGAAAAAGCUGUCUGGUAUCUGAUGUAUCCUGUUAACUUUGCAUACCUGCUUUGCAUCAAUUGUAGCAUGCCCUGACUAAGAUGGAUCCAGAACUUUUGGGGUAGCGGUUGCUGUGAUGGAAUUAUCAAUGUAAAUAAGGUGCAUCCAAAUGCCUUUGCUCCUGUUC